UUUUGAGCCAACCGGAAAGCGAUACUCUGUGCUUUGAUCAAAAGCGGGGUCCGCUCAUCUGUGUUGUCUUGCGCGCUGCGCAGUACUGCGCAGUACGAAGUUGGUUCUACUCUUUUUUUAUCACCAGCUUUCCAGUUUUAAUACCGUAUACGAAUGAUGGAUGAAUCUGACAGCGCGGAGCGGACUGAAUCUUGAUUUGUAUUUUGGCUCCUUAUUCUCUCGUUUUAAGGAUUAUCUACAUUCAGGUACAGUACUUGAAGUACCGUACUUUAUCUUAAAAUCGGUUAUACUAUCUUCAUUAUUCAAUAUUGACUUAUUGAAUAAUGGUGUCUUAUUACUCUUAUAACUUUUUAUUGUCAAUAAUGGUGUCGUCAUGCAGCGCCAAAUUAAACUUUAUUCCGCUUUAAUAUUCAGACAUCCGAAGCUACCUGUUAACUGGGUGAAGUCGUUGGAUAAUUAUUUAAUAAUCAAAUCCGAGGAGGACCAAAUCUCUGCUGCAUUGUGACGAUGGAGCCCUGUCCCUGGGCGCCCAGCACGGAGGAGUCCAGCGGUCCUUCCAUUGAGCAGCUGCACGCGCGCAUCGAGCAGCUAGCAUCGGCCUGGGUGUCGGUCGAUCUGCACCGUCCUUGGCUGGACGUACAGCCGGACUCCCGAGAAGCGCAGCGGCAGAGUAGCGAUCAGCUGGCGCAACACGUGGACUUUAUGCUGAAUACAGAUCUGUACGGGGAUCCCAGCAGCGCCACUUCUGUUCCGAAGAACGCCUUGAAGGUCUUCCGUGCCACUCUGCUCAAUAAUCGCCAGACGUCGUUCUACGUAGACGAGGCGCUGGGCUCGACACUCCGAUCAACCGAGCAGCAUGGUUUGGCGCAUUUUCUGUCGGCGGUGCAACGAUCGGUGCAGGACCGCCUAAAGCAGGAAAAAAAUAAAGACCGCCAAAUGAAUCCUGGGGAGUCAGAUUCGGGUUUCCACCGUGAAAUGUGCAAUAUCUGGGCCAAUUUGCUUGGAACAGACCUCGUCCGCCAGCAAUUUUACAUUCCCGAGCAACAACUUUUGGUGAAAUUAUGCCUGGGAUUCACUGGGAUGGUGGAGGAAUGUCUGAUUGCCGCACAGAAAGAUCUUGCAGAUCCCCGCUGUCAGCAGAUGUUACAUUCCAUGUGUCCCUUAAUUGGAGAUAUGCUGAUUGGACUGUGUCCACUGGAAAGGAAAGAAGGCAAAAUUUUAGCAUGCCUGCGAAAGCGACAUUUCCUGAAGGUUCUGGGAUUUUUGAAAACUCCUUUGGAAAUCCAUCUGCAGAAAAUGCUGGCUCCCUCGGGCAGUCAGGGCCCGAACGGGUAUGAGCACAUUGAGGCGUGGGUGUGGGUGCUGGACGAGUAUCGCUUCGAAGUGAAAUUUAUGGAUCCUACUGUCCAGGGCUCUCCUGUCGUCUUUAAAGUGUCCGUGUACUUUACAUAUGUGGAUGUAUGGGACGAUGUGCGGAUUACGCCGGUCGAUCAGUUGUCGGAAUGGUACAAUAAACAAAUCGUCCCCAGUUUUCAAUAUUUGCUGCUGGUUUACAAGGAGAUUUUCAUUCUGACGAGCAUUGCUUGGGAGCCGACGCUGCGAUUUGGUGUUCAGAUGGCCCUGCGAAUAUGGCGCACCCAUCAGGUGUUGCAGAAUAUUUGCACGCCAUGGCAAAUGGUCGUUCUGAUCUGGGCGUUGCAUCGCAGUGCAGAAUUUCGGGAUAUUGGCGCUGUGAUUGUCCGGCUCGUGUCGGCAUGGUCGGCGGGCGUGUUCGGCACGGCCACACAAUUUGAGCAGCAGUACAUGUACACAGCCCUGUGGAAUAGGCCCGUCGUCGUGAACGGGCAGGAUACGCUGGCGCGUUUUAUCAACUCUGCAUUUGUCGACCCGUUGUGGUUCGACACGGAUGCGCCUUUGUUUAGCAUGAAUUGUGUGGAUGAGAGCGUGGUGGUGAAACUUCUUUUGAAUGUUGCGGCCAAAUUAACGCAGAGGGUUUUGGGCUGUACCGUUUCGCCUUGGACAACUGCACAGUAUCGGCAUCUGAGGGAACAGAUACAGAUAAGAUUUGGAGAAAAUGCACGAAAUGCACACAUCCAACCGCCUUCAUCCUACUCGCAGCCGGCUACAGACGCUGCUCGUCUUGCUACACCCCAGAUCAUUGAAAAAUCGAGGACCGAAGAGCUGUGCGAGCGUAUCGCCCAAAAAGAUGCGGAAAUCGCUUUGCAGCAGCAGAAGCUGGGAUGGUUUAGCUCAGCAUUCGAAGAGGUCUCUCAAGAUGCUCCAGAUACCAGAGAUAUCAAAAUGGAAAUCAAAUCCGAGCCCACUUUCCUUGAGGAGGCCGAACCAGGAUCGCUGCUGAGUGAAAUAGCUAGACUCCCACUCCUUCCUCCGCCGCCCGAACCAGUGCUGCUUCUUCCCCGUCCCGUUCAACGUCCAGCGGUAGAUGAUUUGACCUCGGACAUUUCCGCAUCGGAGACGGAGAGUAUCGGACGUGCUGCUUCUCUGUCAGCCGUGUUUUCCCCCUGCGGAGUUCUGAAGGACUACGAAGAGGUAGUGGAAGGAUUUGUCCGCGAUGCGGAGCGGUCGACAUCAUCGCGGGAAGACGGCGAAGUAGAGAAAAGCAUUAAUGAGCAGCGGGAGGAGCGCCGGAGACACGCCCAAAAGCUUCCUGCCAAGCGGGGCAAAGGUAUGCCACCGCGAGGACAGCGCCCAUCGCGAUACCAAAAAGAGCAGACCAAGUAUGACACUGAGGAUGAAGGACGAAAAUAUGAAUCUACUAAAGAUUGGUGGAUCUCGCCACACUAUCGUGGACGUAAUCCUGUUUGGAAGCCUCGAAACGCCGCGGUCGCGGCCCAUUACGGACGCGGUGCUGGUGGGGCAGUCAGUGGAGAUAUUGACAAUCGUUCCACAACAUCAGAUAAAAAACAGCACCGCCACCAUACAAAGUCGGCUUAUUUUUCGGAAUAUCCGCGAUCUCACAGAGAAACAGAGAAGCCUGGUCGAUCCACGGGCCACCGGCGAGAGGAGCGACGCCGCAGUCGUUCGCGUAGCCGGUCAGGCGAUCGUACUGGCAGUCGAUCGCAUGAUCGUACAUCGCUGCGCCAUUCCAAACAGGAACACAGCCGAAGAGAGCGGGAUGCCGAACCGCAUCACUAUUCGGGACGCCGGCAUACCGCGAGUUGUUCGAAAGAUUCGUGAAAAGACUUUAUGGUGGGAAGUUUUCUGUGUGUCUCUUGGAUUGGAUCUGCCCUUCGAUUUAUGCAUGUGCCAAAUCUUGAAACUUUGAAGUGACAGUUCAGUUUGUUUUUUUUGUUUAUAUAUGUUGUUUUUGGUUUAGUUGUUUGCGGGUGACCGGACGAAAAAGUUUUUGUCCUUAUUCUCAUGUAAUCUGAGUUCCUUGUGAGUAUUAUGUAUUUCGUAAUGCUGUCGCGAUAAUUCAGUUCAGCUGUCGCUUGAGAUUUGUUUAGAAAAAUCUUUCAAAUUUUGUUUUUUUAUAUUGUCUCUUUCGAUAUCGUUUAUGGAAAUAUGAAAUAAAAGUUUGAAUU